UGCAAAAUGAAGAGAAUAGGAAGUGUUGUGCUGGUGUUUUGUAUACUGUAUCAAAUAUGUGCAGCUAAAAACCAAGAUAAUGUGAUUAACGUGAAGGAAGAACCUGAGUACUGUCAUGAAUUUGCUUUGGCAUUGAAGCAGAACAUUGAUUAUGGCUACAUGGAAUAUCAGUGUGAGAAAGACGGCAGUUUUUCACCGACACAAUGUUUGAAGAGAGGCAUGUGCGUAUGUGUGAAUAAGUAUGGAAAUUAUAUUGCUUAUACAGCGACGGCUCCCAACCAGCCACCACCAGUUUGUAAAGGUUUGAAGCCUGGCCGUUGUCCAUUCACGAACACUGGUUUGUCAUGUGAUAUUAGAUGCCAACAUGACGCAGAAUGUCCUUUCAACCAGAAAUGUUGUGAUACUGAUUGUGGUAUGACGUGUAUAGAACCAAAACAAGAUUGUUACCCAGAAGAAUUUGUAUGUGAUGAUGGAGUGGUUUGUUUACAAGAGAACCAAGCAUGCGACGGGAUACCUGACUGUCUUGAUGGAAGUGACGAAUCACCAAGUACAUGCACUGUGCCACGAUUUGAGUGUGAGUUUGGAAGAAUGAUAUCUAUACAUUUUGUUUGUGAUGGUUAUCCACAAUGUCUCGAUGGUUCUGAUGAGCUGAAUUGUGAAGAUUUCGAUUUUGUUUGCACCAAUGGUGGCAUCGUGCAUCGGUUCUCUGUAUGUGAUGGCUAUGAAGACUGUGCAGAUGGUAGUGACGAAUCUGGGUGUGAACCUCAAGCUGAGUGUAAUGAAUCACACUUUAAGUGUACCGAUGGUAGUUGUUAUGAUGAAUGGAGCCGAUGUGAUGGUUAUAACGACUGUGGUGAUUGGUCUGAUGAGGACGGUUGUGAUUUAAAGGAAUGCAAGAAUGGUAUCUUAGUACCAGAGAAGGAUAUAUGCAAUGGUUACGACGAUUGUGAUGAUAAUUCAGAUGAAGAAAACUGUCCUUCCAUUCCUAGUGGUUAUGGUAAUUAUUGCUUCAGAGACUUUAUGUAUCGGUGCGGUGAUGAAAAUUGUAUUACUAUGGAGCAAGUUUGUGAUGGGAAUCCUGACUGUGCCAAUGGAGAAGACGAAGUUAAUUGCCCUGAUUGCAGUCCUCCCAUGGAACAGUGUAAAAACAGUAGUAAAUGUUUCAGUCCAUGGGAUCGAUGUAAUGGUUGGCCUAUUUGUGAAGAUUUCACUGAUGAACUCAAUUGUGAAUGCACAGACAAUCAAUUUCAAUGUACAAACGGUAAAUGUAUUGACGGAAGUUAUUCUGUGUGUAACCUCUAUGAUGACUGUGGCGAUAACAGCGAUGAAGAAAACUGUGGGCAUUAUAAAUGUGCUAAUGGCCAAUUCGUUCGUAAAGACGCUAACUGUACGGGGUGGAAUGAAUGCGAUGAUGGUAGUGAUGAACUUGGCUGUGAUAUAAUAUGCGAGUACUACGAGUUCACGUGUGGAGAUGGUAGUUGUGUCGGCCUUUGGCUGCGAUGUAAUGGCGCUGAAGACUGUAGUGAUGGAUCUGAUGAAAGUGCAGAAUUAUGUGCUGAUUUUCAGUGUGACGACGGAAGUUUGGUUCCUUUCGAUGCGGAGUGCGAUAAUUGGUUUAAUUGUGAAGACCAUUCGGAUGAGAAGAAUUGUGAAUGCGAAGAAGGCGCGUUCGAGUGUGAUAAUGGUUUAUGUAAACCUGAGUAUAGCAUAUGUAAUAACCACGAUGACUGUGGUGACAACAGUGAUGAGAAUAAUUGUGUGUACUAUGUAUGUGAUGAUGGACAGGUUCGACCUCAAGGAAACUUUUCUUGUGAUGGAUAUGCCGAUUGUGAUGACCAAAGUGAUGAACAAGAUUGUCCAUGUGAUGAGAGUGCUGAUAGAUUUCGAUGUGAUAAUGGUAUUUGUAAGUGGCAUUAUGAUCGAUGUGACGGAUAUGACUCUUGUGGUGAUAAUUCUGACGAACAGGAUUGUGUGACCUUUGUAUGUAACAAUGGUGAAAAAAUAACGCGACGACCUGAUCAUCCCUCUCCUGUCUGUGACAUGAACUUUGAUUGUUCCGAUAAAAGCGACGAGAAGGGCUGUGAAUGUCGUGCGUUUACCAUGCGGUGUUCAGAUACAGGAUAUUGUGUUCCAAAACACUAUCUCUGUGACGGCAACGACGACUGUGGAGACGGUUCAGACGAAAAAAAUUGUGUUUGCAGAGAAGACCAGUUCCGUUGUGAUAAUGGGAUAUGUAAACCGUUGUCAUGGAAAUGUGAUGGUUAUGACGACUGUGGGGACAAUUCUGAUGAACAAACAUGUGACGAAAAUUAACGUUUUAUUUACCAAGUCAUUAAUUCUGGUAUUGUUGAAUACUAAUAUAUACGUAAUAAAUAGUAUAAAUAAAAAAAACAAUAUCAAUACAAAUACUCGAGAAAUAAUA